AUGAAUAAUCCGUACUAACCCUAUAGGCCUUACUCUAGAAUUGUGAACACUCCUCCAACGAAUCCAAAUAUCCUCUCUUAUGUGGACUCUGUGUUAUAGAAAUCAAGAAACCUAUAUGGACAUCGAACAUCUGAUCCUUAGAUGAGAUUUUCAAUAUCUUCGGCAAAUACGGGGAUCAUAAAAACAGAGACAGAUGUAAAACACAUAAUUAGUUCUCCUUCGCUUGUUUCUUAAAAAUCAAUGGUUCAACAGCAAACAUUAAAAAGCAAACUGGAGUAUUCAUCUCCAAAGAAAAGCGAAUAAAUUUCGUUUCAAUUAGAGUAGAGCCCAAUUGUGGGUUUAGUGCCAGUAAGCAAUAGCAACAAAGUCGAGAGUCAAAAGGUGAAAUUGAUCUCUGGGGUAGAGAAAAAUGAGAUGCCAAAGUAUAAGAAUUUUAAGACAAUAAAGAAAUUGGGGGUGGGUAAGUAUAGCGAAGUGUUUUUGGCGAUCUAGAUUCAGACAGGAUUUUUGGUUGCAUUGAAAGUGAUACAGAAAGCAUUAAUAAUAAAGGAGAUGAUGCAAGGUCAAUUGGCUUGGGAAAUAAAAAUAUAAUAUCUUCUAGAGCACCCAAAUAUCACAAGAUUGUAUACUUUCUUUCAGACUUAAUCUGAAAUCGUUUUAGUAUUAGAAUAUUGUUCUCAUGGACAAUUGAAUACCCUUUAACAGACGAAGCAGAACAAGAAAUUCACUGAAAACGAGGCUGCCCAAUUGGUUCAAUAGAUUACUUUAGCAUUAAUGUACAUUCACAAUCAGGACGUGAUCCAUAGAGACAUAAAGCCAGACAACAUAUUGCUCAGUUUUGGAUAGAUCAAAUUAGCCGACUUCUCGUUCUGUGUCUAUUCUCCAGAUGAAUAUCGACAAACACAAUGUGGGACAUUGAUAUAUGCAUCACCUGAAAUCUUGGAAGGAGACAUGUACGACAAGAAGAUAGACAUAUGGGGUUUGGGAGUAUUGACUUAUGAACUUUGUUUUGGCAAACCUCCCUGGAAGGAAAACUAACAGGAAUUGAUGAAGACAGUACUGAUAUCUUUUAUGUAGGCGUGCUUUAUGAUACCUUAUACGGCAUCUAGAGAUCUCAGGGAUUUUAUAGAGAAUCUGGUUAAGAGAUUAUCUCGUGAGAGAUACACAGCACAAUAAACAUACAAUCAUGGUUGGUUGAAGAGGAGUAUGUCGGUGGUCCCAUUUUACAUUUCCAGUAAUGAAGUCUUAUUUAAUUGA